AUGAUGUUGAUGUUGACGACAUUUUAUUGUUGUUGGCGCCGGUUUUUAAAAAGUUUAAAAUUGGAUACCUUCCAUCAUCCAGCUUUGAAUGUGGCUCACUACAACAAUUAUUAUUUCUUAAAAAUGUUAACAACGCCACAACAACAAAAUACUAAUAAUAUUAAUAAUAACAAUAAUAAUAUCAACAAUAAUAAUGGUUCGGUUGGUGCACAGACACCAUAUUUUAUUGAUAUGAAUCAAUCGCAAAUGCAAACACCACAACAUAUAACCAAUCCUCAAAUGAGAAAUAAUAAUAAUGGCGCGCCACAGGUACAAAUGAUAUCUAUCAAUUCAACUGUUGAUGGAAUGGACAAUCAUCAACAGCAACAACAAUUACAUAUGAUCCACAAACCAAUCGAUCUACCACCUCCAACUAUUACAACGUCGUCGACCUCUGGAAAAUCUUCAACUUCCAAACCAAAGAAACCAGCUGGUGGAUCAGGUGCAUCAUCCUCUACUACCACUGCAAAGAGGACCCAAAAGAAACAACCUACUACCAAUAUUCCAACCACAAUAGCCAUCACUACCAUUCCACAACAACCAACCUCUGUAAAUACAACCUCUGCAAAUAAUACCCCAAAUAUCAAUUCCAACAAUAUCAUUACUCCAUCAUCGAUCGUUGGUGGUGGUGAUUUGAACAACUUUUGUACUAGCAAUAGUAAUAGUAGCAUGAACCUAAUAUCAAAUACUCCGCCAACCUAUCCAUACGAUUUUGAUGGACAGUCUUCCAAAUCAGUGAUGAUGCAACCGACAACCUCUGGAUCGACUCCCAUCUCGAGUGGAGGAUGCGACCCAUCUUCAUUUCAAAUGAUGGAUAUGAUGAAUGCAAGCUCACCCAUCUUGACAAUGCCACAGUACGAAAAGGAAGAAUUGGUGGGAUAUUACAAUCCUCAACCAAUGACGGUGGGACAACCGUCGUCAUCGGAUCAUCAACAACAAAAUACAUUUAAUCUUCAACAUCAAUUGCUCGUGCACAACCAAUUGCAACAACAAAACUCCCAAAUGAUGUUGACUGAUUACCCCGUGCCAAAUUCUGCCAAUAGUUCGCCAAACUCUUUUCCCGAUGACAGAAUAUCUCCCUCCAUCCCAAUGCAUCAUCAACAACUAAUCUCUCAACAAACUCCUCAACAAUCAAUGUGUGAUUUUCAAUCAAAUCAACAAUUUCAACAACACCAUCAACAAAAUCAACAUCAACAACAGCAACAUCAACAGCAUCAACAACAAAUGCAACAACAAAUGCAACAACAGCAACAAAUGCAACAACAACUUUCAUUUAUUCCCGAACCAUUACAAAUGAAUAGUUCACCACAAAACAACAACAAUAACAAUCAAAUGACAAUGACCGAUUACAACCGACAAGCAUUACAUAUGUCUUCCAAUCUUGUUUUACCAUCAAACAAUAAUAAUAAUAUUAAUAUUAAUAAUAAUAACACCGAAUUAUCAUCUUUACAACCUCCCCAUCAGACGACACCAUCACAACUAUUACAACAACAACAACAAUCUGUAUUAAAUCUUCAACCACCUCCAUCUCUUUCAUCGUCAUCUCCACCCAACACCAUGACAAUACCUUCUUCGCUUUCAUCAUCGACAGGAUCGAUCUCUAGUCCAAAGAAAAAGGCACCAGCCAAGAAAAGAAAGCAGACCAAAGAUGACAAGUUCAAUCCUCCUCCACUCACCUCAUCUCUCAGCCAACCACUUUUGAUGGUUUCCCUCAAAGAUGAUCCCAUGAUCAGCUCUCCACUCCACUCGAGCCAAAAAUCCGUUCCCAUCUCCAACCAGGUCGUUGGAGCUGGUGCUUUGAACAGUUCAACCAAUGAUUUUGCAUUGGGUCCACCAAACGCUGAAAAUGCAUUCUCUCGAUUCCUCCGUAUCGCAAACGAGUUACCACAACAUGAACUACAAAGAUUUUGUUCAAUGGUUUAUCAAUUUUCUAUUUAUCAUCUUUCACAAUUACAACAACAACCUCAGCAACCUCAACAACAACAACAAUCUCAACAGCAGCAACAAUAUUCUACACCACCUCAUCAACAACAACCAAACUAUCAACAACAACAAAAUUCUCAACCACCUUUAAACCAACAAAUCCAACAACAACAACAUUUCAAUAAUAAUAAUAUUAAUACUAAUACAAAUAAUAAUAAUAACAAUAAUAGUAUUAAUAAUUUUUCAAAUUAUAAUUAUCAACAAUUGUCAUCUUCUCCACCACAACAACAACAACAAAUUCAACAACAACAAUAUUAUCCAAAUAAUCAACAACAUGCACUACCAAUGAAUCAUAUGAUGCACCAACAACAACAACCAAUGAUUCAACAACAACCACCACCACCAAUGAUGCAAUCUCAAAUUCAAUCAUCUACACCUUCAUCAUCAUAUUCGUCGCCACUCAGUAGUGAUCAACAUGCUCACCCAUUGUCAUCAUCUGGAAUGUUGAGUUCUUCCUCAAAUACCAUUAUUGCUCCAAGUGGUACCAAAAAAUCAAAAUCAACCAAACCCAAAGACAGCAAACCAAAAAGAUCAACUUCUAAAUCAAAAAAGAAGACUCCAGAGAAUGAUACCACUUCAAGAGAUUUUAUCACCUCUAAAUGUUCUCCAUUGGCAAAUCUAAAUGUAAAGGAAAUAAUUAACAAAGAUAUUUUAAAAGUAUUAGAUGCCAAUCAAAGAGAAGAAUUACAAAAAUUACUACCAAAUUGUGACAAUGUAGAUUCCAUUUUUGAUCACAUCAUUUUUGAAGAAAGUAUAGAAAAGUACAGAAAGGAUUUACAAGCAGGUGCAUUGGAAUCCCUACAAGAUGGUUGGUAG